AUGCACAAACAACACAACGCUUUUCCGAGUGUAGAUGGACACUCGACGCCCCUGCACCAAGAUGAGAACUUCGGGGCAAGUCCACUGGGCGGCCCCUCGCAAUCCUAUGUUUAUAAUGAAAAAACGCAUAAUGGAGUUCAACAAAAAAUCCUCAAAAAAGCUGGGAUAUCUAUCAAAAAGGAGGAACCAGAGCUGGCGAGAAAGCGGAAUGAGCUCAGAGCGAUACGAGAGCAGAUCAUGCUGAAAAGAGCCUCCGUCGGUCUCACAUGCAGCAGUUUUGCAAUUGAUGAUCCAGAGCUUUGCUCCGAUGAUGAAGAGACGGACAGGCCGACAGAAUCAAACAAAAGACUGCAAGAUGAAAGAGUCGCGCUAUCCCUACAAGAUCGAGUCAAGCAAAUUCUGUUGCAUAGGGGAUGUUCCAAGGUAAUUCAAACGAGAAGAAGCCCCAUAAGAUAUCCUCUAAUGCAAGAUCACCCUCUAAAGUUCCGGGUUCAAGUGGCGUUGCAGAAGAGAUUUAUGGAUCCCCCUGUGAAGGCACCAAACUCUCAGAUUCCAAUGCUCGCACAAGAACAGGACAACCAGGGCUUCUUGCGCUUCCUCAACAUCCUCAACAAAGGAGUGGACAUCGAUAAACUCAGGGAUAUCGUUCACAGCGCCACGGAGAAGGAGUCGCGACCAGCGCCCUCAAACAGUCAAAGAAGGAAGGAUACGAACGGCGUAGAAGAGUUCUUCUUCUUCUCGUCGGCACAAAAGUCCGCAAAGGAGUUCCAGAUCGCAGAGGAGGUACAGAAGUCGUUCCCUCUCGCCUCGCCGCUACAGAAGUCCUUCCCUCUCGCCUCGCCGCUACAGAAGUCGUUCCCUCUCGCCUCGCCGCUACAGAAGUCCUUCCCUCUCGCCUCGCCGCUACAGAAGUCCUUCCCUCUCGCCUCGCCGCUACAGAAGGGGACAAGUGGACGUGGGGGGGGGGGCAUCUCAGUCAACGGAGAUGGAAGCGGCAGCGUUUAUAAAAAGCCACUGGGGGGGUUGAGGAGGGCCAGACGGGAGUACUUUGGCCUGGUGCCAACAUUGCAGUGGGUGAGUCGGGGGCUGGGGGGGUGGGGUAGGGGUAGGUGGUGGGGUGGGGGAUUUGGGAGGGGUGGGGGGUGGGGGGUGGGUGGGGGGGGGUUUGUUUGUGUGUUGGUGGGUGUAGUGGAAUGGUCUGUUGGUUUUUGGAGGAUUUGUGAUAGUGUGUGGUGUGGUGGGUUGGGUGGUAUAGGUGUGGAGGGUUAUGGAUUGGGGGGUUGGUGGGGUGGGUUGGGGGUGUUGGGGUGGCACAGGGGGGGGGGGGAUUGUUUGGGGUUUGAGAUGUUGAAUUUGUUGGUGGGUGGGGUGAGGUUUUUGGGGGUGGUGGGGUUGUGUUGGGGUGGGGGGGGGGUGGUGGGGGUGGGUGUGAGGGUGUGGGUGUUAGUAGUGUGUGUGUGGGGGGUGGGGUGUUGGGGGUGGUGUGGUGGGGGGGUGGGGGGGUUGGGGGGUGGAUGGUGUUGGGGGUGUUGUUGUGGGGUGUGGGGGGGUUUGGUGGGGGUGGGGGGGGGGUGGGGGUGGGGGGGGGGGGGGUGGGGUUUUGGUGGGGUGGGGGGUGGGGGUGGUGGUUGGGUGAUGGGGGGGGGGGUGGGUGUGUGUGGGGGGGGGUGGGGGGGGGGGUUGGGUGGGGGUGGGGUUUUGUGGGUGGGGGUGGGGUGUUGGGGGGGGGGGGUUGGGUUGGGGGGUGGGGGUGGGGGGGGGGUGGGGGGGUGGGGGGGGGGUGUUGGGUGGGAGGGUUUUGAUGGUGUGGGGUGUGGGGGGGGUGGGGGGGGGUGGGUGGGGGGUGUGGGGUUGGGGUGGGGGUGGGGGGGGGGUGGGGGUGUGGUGUUGGGGGGGGGGGUGGGGGGUGGUUUGGGUGGGGGUUGGUUGGUUUGGUGUGGGUGUGGUGUUUGGUGGGGUGGGGGGUGUGGGGGGUGGGGGUGGGAGGGUGGGUGGGGGGGGGGGUUAGGGGGGGGGUUGUGGGUGUGGGUUUUGGGGAGGGUGGGUGGGGGGUGUUGGAGUUGGUGGUGUUGUGGGGGGGGGGGGGGGGGUUGGGUGGUUGGUAGUGUGUAUUGUGGUUGGGGGGGGUUUUGGUUAUUGGGGGGGGGGUUAUGGGGUUGUGGGUUUGGUUUUGUGGAUUGGGGGGGUGGGGGGUGUUUUUGUUAG